AUGUUCGAUUCCAGUACAGGUCCGUUUCGGGCUGUUCGCCUCAUCUUUUUUCCGGACGGCGAGUGGCGGCUGGAUAGCCCAAUUUACGAGCAUCGUAUUAUCGCAAGGGGAACAUUCAAUUUGCCAGAAUCGAAAGCCCUUCCAGAAGAAAUUACUGAGCUAGCGAAGAAGUAUUUAACUGAUCAACAUGUACUUUGCCCUGGUUUGGUAGGGGUAGACGAUAUUGAAAGUGAGCUGGGUUACACCCCCAAAACUGUGAGGUUGAUCAAUGGGCCAGUAACCACUGUUCAUUCCAAAACAUGCAAAAUUUGGCACAUUCCUGCUAAAAACAUGAAAUCCAAAGGGAAUGAAUCGGACUCCAGGCAUCACAGAAUGUGCGACGAAUAUCUGAUUGCAAGUCGUUAUGUACCCAAAGCCUUGCAAAAGAAACGCGAAUUGGGUUCGUCAAAACGAUACGAAAGACAGAAGCCCUCAAGCAACUAUCCUGUGAAGUUCCUUUCCGCCAAAAUGUGA